CGCCUUCGAACCAACCACCAUCAUCUCUCCCUCGACCAUCCUGUUCAAACACAACUCACCCACCCCUCACAGCCAACCCCUUUCCGUCAUCUACAAUGCCUGAGUCCCGUGAAGAUUCCGUCUACCUCGCAAAGCUCGCUGAGCAGGCCGAGCGGUACGAAGAGAUGGUCGAGAACAUGAAGCGUGUCGCUUCGUCCGACCAGGAGCUCACAGUCGAGGAGCGCAAUCUCCUGUCCGUGGCGUACAAGAACGUCAUCGGCGCCCGCCGCGCGUCAUGGCGGAUCGUCUCCUCCAUCGAGCAGAAGGAGGAGUCAAAGGGCAACGAGGCGCAGGUAUCGAUGAUCAAGGGCUACAGAGAGAAGAUCGAGAGCGAGCUCGCGAAGAUCUGCGAGGACAUCCUCGACGUCCUUGACAAGCACCUCAUCCCCUCGGCUGCCUCCGGCGAGUCGAAGGUCUUCUACCACAAGAUGAUGGGUGACUACCACCGCUACCUCGCCGAGUUUGCCCUUGGCGACAAGCGGAAGGACAGCGCCGACAAGUCGCUUGAGGCUUACAAGUCGGCUUCUGACGUGGCGGUCACCGAGCUCCCACCGACGCACCCUAUCCGCCUCGGGCUCGCAUUGAACUUCUCCGUCUUCUACUACGAGAUCCUCAACAGCCCCGACCGCGCGUGCCACCUCGCCAAGCAGGCGUUUGACGACGCCAUUGCCGAGCUCGACACGCUCUCAGAAGAGAGCUACAAGGACUCGACCCUCAUCAUGCAACUUCUCCGGGACAACCUGACGCUCUGGACAUCGGACAUGCAGGACUCUGCCGACAAGCCUUCGGAGAAGGAUGACGCUGGCGACGCGGCCGACGAGUAAAUAUCGUGGUAGCUCCCAUUUUGUGUCGAUGUCGUCCAGAGUCGUGUGCGUCGAGCACGCUCGACGACGGCAAGGUUACAUGGCAUUGCUUUCUUAUUUGUCUGCAUCGCUUGCAUCCACCGUUCCCCCAUUGCCUGUCUCCACCUCCUCCCAUCCCGAUCCGCAUUGUCCAUUUUUUUUUACCUCGUUUAUUCCAUUCUUUUUCUGUUGCCCCUGAUUCGCGAAGAUUACGUCCGAUCCUUUUUCUGUCCCUUGAUUCGACGAUUUGACCCCCUGUUUUGGGGGUCGCUCCUUGGAGGGUUGAAGUAGUUUGUCGACAUGAAUGAAACCAAUCUCCUAAUGAUCUUUUUCUUGCGUG